GUUUUGAUCGGACAUAAUAAGCACGAAAUAAACAAAAAAAAUUACAUUAGAUAAUGUAUCAAAACGUUUGAGUUUAUCUUAUGGAGCUACAUUAUUUGAAAGUUAAAAUAGUAUAUUAGCUUCCAUGAAUUCGAUUUUCUGUUUUGUGUGUUUCUAUGCGAUCGCGCAUGUACAUCUAGUAUCUGGGCUCAGUCGGCCCUCCACGAUUGUAUUUGAAAAUAAUGGCUUCACGAACGUCGUCAUUGCAAUUCACGAGAGCGUUGGUGAGGACAAGGCGCUGCUUGAUACUCUUAAGAACGAAAUGACAAAGGCAUCCAAAAUUCUGCAUGUUGCCACAGAACAAAGAGCAUAUUUCAAAGAAAUAAAAAUUUUACUGCCAUCUACCUGGUCAAACGACGCUUCUUACCAAACACCAACGACUGAAAAUUUAGCGUUUGCUGACGUCAUCGUCACAGAUCCCAUCAAAGGCAAGAGGAGUUUACCGCAAACAAGGUCAUAUGAUGGGUGUGGUAAACAGGGCAUUCAUGUUUUGUUGACAAAGGAAUUUUUGACUGUACCACGAAAAGAUCCAUAUUUUGGUAAUCCAGCAAAGUUUUUCAUUCAUGCAUUUGCACAAUUCCGAUGGGGAGUAUUUCAAGAGUACGCAGAGGAAGGUGAAAAUGUAUUUUACAUGUCUCCGUCUACUGGACAACCAGAAGCUAUAAGAUGCACAUUCGGGAUUCGUGGACUUAUACAGAAAACUGAUGCAGCACACACAAUCUGCUAUUCGCACCUGCUUGCUGAUAGAAAUCCACAAAUCCAUGCAUCAAUUGAUGAGAAGACAGGUCUGUAUGAAUCCGACUGUCAGUGGAGACCUUACCCCAAUCAUCAGAGAACAAAAGCGUCUAUAAUGGACCAUCAGUUUAUAGCAGAGCUUGAAACAUUCUGUAAGGACGACCCAUCAGACUAUAGUACCCUCCACAACUACGAAGCACCAAGCAAACACAACAGGCUUUGCGGACACAAGAGUACAUGGGCAGUUAUCACGGAAACUGAUGAUUUUAGGGCUGGAAUUAAUCCUGCAAAAACUCUGUCAGACGCUCAACUUACACCAACUUUUAUCGUGAUGAGAGCAACAUCUAGAAAACGUCGUGCCGUUGUACUAACAGAUCCGUCAUUUGUUAAUGAGAUUCCUCAGUCUAGGAAAAUUCAACAAGUAUUAAGGCAGUUACAGCACGAGCUAUCUACGACUGAUACAGAACUACAUUUUGAAACUGGAGUGGGGAAACAGUUGCAACAAACUCCGCAUAGCAUAGGCAAUGGUGCUAUGUUAGGCGAAAGGAACUUGUCUCAAUACAACGACGUAUUUGGGAACCGUAUAAGUGAAGUCUUAGAGAAAUACAGAACUGUAGACGAUAACGAUAUUCAUCUAGUAGUUAUAACGGAAAAUGUUACUGGAAACUUUGCGCAUGAUUUGACUGACAGAAAACAGAAUCGAUUGAAAGUGUCAUUUCUGUCAAACAGUGUUACAAAUAUUAUAAAUGAUCACCAUGAAGCAUUUGCAGUACACAACAUGGGUGAAGUUCAUGGUCAUACGUUAUUAGACAGACUGAGACAUGUGCUGUGGAUUGACCCUACAAACACUGUCAUUGUAGCACAAGAGGAAUGGGAAUUAUCAGACUCUGAGCCAGUGACAGGUCGUGUAGACAUAGAUCGAACUCUUGGAAACCGCGUUUCAUUUAUCUUUCACUUUGAAAACGAUCUUCCUGACAUUGCCAUUACGUCACCAUUAGAUGUCGUCUACGGUACAGGUUCAUCUGUCUAUUCUGCUGAUAAUGAUUCUAAAGUGAUACAGUUUAAUUUUAAUUUUUCAGAGGCUGGAACAUGGAAGUAUACAAUGUCACAAUCAUCAAUGACGUCAGAGAAAAUACGUGUUACUAUAAUAUCUGAGGAAAAUGUUUUAAACGAAGACCCUGUGGUUUUACGAAAGUCCGUUAAAUUUGCAGACGACACAAACAGUUCGUUGCUUCUACACGUGGAUGCUACACAAGGGUUGUAUCCCUUGUUAGGCUUCAAUGUUACUGCUAAAAUAGAGACGCCAAAGGGAAAUAUUGAGUCUUUGACACUUCUUGAUAAUGGUGCAGGGGCAGACAUAUCAAAGGAUGACGGCAUAUACUCGCGUAUAUAUAUAGCUCCUAAACUCAGUGGUUCGUAUCACGUGACAUUUAUAGUAACAGCUAUAUCUGGAACUGCUGUAAGAAGGGAAGAAACAGUUAUGGUAGGAAAUAAUGAGCAUAAUCCUUUGAAGAAAGAUGUUAAAAAAGUGUCGUUAGAUGGAAACAUACAACGGCAAAUUUCGGGAGGCACAGUAUUUCUGGACCACUCAAAAGAGUGUGACGUCAUUCAUGACUUCAUCGCACCAUCAAGAAUUACAGAUCUUGAGGCGUUUACGUAUAUUUUAUACCGAAAUACGAUUGUGCUAAAAUGGACAGCUCCAGGCGACGACCAUGAUCACGGAAGAGCGGCUUUCUAUGAGCUAUUCGUCGGAUGUGGAAUAAAGGAUGUGCGGCGUUUCUUACAAUACCUUUCUUCAGGGAUGUAUGAAAGUCGGGGCGAUAUUGCUCGCGAGACAUUUGCAGCGGACGCUAACGGGACAGAGAGUGAAAUGUUACUCUGGAAAAUGAAAGAUCCAACAAAGACUUGUAUUUUUGCUUUACGAGCAUUUGAUGAGUUUGGAAAUGGAGGGCAGUUUUCCAACAUUGCAACAGCUGGCUCUACAUCUCUCUGGAGAAAAUGAAGAAGUAUCUUUGUACCGGUUUAGGAGAAGGAGAUUUGUUUUGUUAAAUAAUUUGUAUGAUUAUUAAAUUAUCAGCAUAGAUAUUUGCUUAAAACAAUUUUAUUACGUAGAUUCAAAUAAAGCGAAACUCUGAGCACUUAUACCCAGUACACACACAUUUUUUUUGUGGUUUGUUAAUAUAUUCGGUGAUAUGAAACAGACUUGCUGAUAGAAAUGCCCCCAUCGCUGUGGCACUGAUGUAACAUAAUUCCAAAAGAAAUGGUGGUAUACAUUAAAUAUGGAGCAUUGAUUUUGUUAGAUGGACCAAUUAGUUGUAAAAGAAUUAUCAGAUAGUGGGUUAAGAAUCCUAUACGUAACUUACUAUUUAUUUUUUAAUUCACGUCAAAUGUAUGAAAAUGUGAAUUGUUACGAUUUUAUGGAAAAUGCAUGGAAAAUAUAUAUUUGCUUUUCAUA